AGGCUCAUGUCCUCUCGCCUGGACCUCUGCAGUGGCCUCUUAACUGCCUGGCCAGCUCUACCCCACAGAGCUGUCCUUGACCAAUACCUGCUGAAGCUCUUUAGGGUAGCUUUCAGGAUGAAGACCAAACACCUUCACGUGGACUCCGCUUUGGCUCGCCCUGGGUUCUAGUCACCCCUGUUCUUGCCAUCUCUUCUUACUGUGCUUUGUUUCAUCAGUUCCUUGGCCAUCAUGUGUUGUGGUGUCUACACAGAUCACUCUUCCUGUCCUCUUCAUGUUCUUGCCCCUUCAUUUCAGCUCAGGGACAUUUCAGGAACUGUGGGAAGAAGACCCUCACCUCUCAAUUAGGUCAGAUCCAGGCUGUGUUGGCAGUUCUUACCUCCACUUCAUUGUGGACACUUGUUACAUGUGCAAUUUUGCACUUAUUUUUGUAGACUUUGGUUACAGGAGACUGACAAAACCGUAAGCUUCUCAAGGGCGGGAGCCAUUUCUGUUUUCACUGGGUGAUGAUGCCCUUGGCAUCUAGCACAGGGCCUGGUGCAUAGGAGCAGCGUAGUAAGUAUUUGCAGAAUACUUGGAUGAAAGUUUCAGGAAAGACUUUCUCAGCAGUACUACCUGCAACCUGCUGGCUGCUAUGAGGUCAUGAAGGUGGAUGAAUAUAGGCACACUUGGCUAAUAGAGAGUUCACUCACCAGCCAAGAAAAGGCGACAUGUAGUGAAAAAUAUUGUAAUUAUAAGCAAGAUGGCAUUUAGGACGUAGAAAUAAUAUACUUUUAAUUGUCUGAAAAUGCGCUGUUAGACUGGCCUUUGUCAAUAAAUGCUAAAUGAGUGAAUUAUAAUGUUAAAUAGGGCCGGCAAUAUUUAUGAAAGACUCUAACAUUCAUAAAGUAAUCCUAGCCCUAAAGGAAAUCAAAAGUCAAACAAAUUCAGUGUUAAAAGUUGAAAAGAAAGAAUAAAAUGCAUUAAUAUUUUUAAAUGCCAGGACAUUAUACUUGUGAAGCUUGUCUAUGUGAAAGAAAUUAGGAAAUUUUUUGUAUUGCUAAACAUUUUUGGGAAGUUGUGUCAAAGCACUCUGUUUAGUAUUCAGAUGUAGAAGUCUUUGGGGCUAGCCCGAGACCUCUUCUGUCUACAUUUUGUGAGACUUUUAGGUCAGCUCUCACUAAGGUUUUUCCUUUCCUCUUCCAACAUUACUUCUGCUCUCCCCCAACCCUGGGGUUGUGGCAUUAAGCACGCGCUGGGUAGGAAGGCUGGCUGGCAGCGCCUUCUCAGAGGAGUCAGGUGAUCGUUGUUUGAAGGCAGCUGCUUGAGGUUCAAGGCAGUCAGUGUCCCCUCUCUUCUGCCUCCGGACAGCUGGUUAUUAUCAAACUCGUAAUAAGUCUUCCUUACUCAUUGCCUGCUGGAAGAGGAGGGAGAUUAUGCAGUGGGCUUUUGGUUGAUCCAAUGGGAAUUACAUUGAUCUGGUGUCUGGCUGUGGUUCUUAUCAAGUGGAUCGCCUCUAAGAGGCGUGGAGCGAUUUCCUAUGACAGUUCUGAUCAGACUGCAUUGUACAUUCGUAUGCUAGGAGAUGUACGUGUAAGGAGUCGGGCAGGAUUUGAAUCAGAAAGAAGAGGUUCUCAUCCAUAUAUUGAUUUUCGUAUUUUUCAUGCUCAAUCUGAAAUUGAAGUUUCUGUGUCUGCAAGAAAUAUCAGGAGGUUACUAAGUUUCCAGCGGUAUCUUAGAUCUUCUCGCUUUUUUCGCGGUACUACUGUUUCAAAUUCUCUAAACAUUUUAGAUGAUGAUUAUAAUGGACAAGCCAAGUGUAUGCUGGAAAAAGUUGGAAAUUGGAAUUUUGAUAUCUUUCUAUUUGAUAGACUAACAAAUGGAAAUAGUCUAGUAAGUUUAACCUUUCAUUUAUUUAGUCUUCAUGGAUUAAUUGAGUACUUCCAUUUAGAUAUGAUGAAACUUCGUAGAUUUUUAGUUAUGAUUCAAGAAGAUUACCACAGUCAGAACCCUUACCACAAUGCGGUCCAUGCUGCAGAUGUUACUCAGGCCAUGCACUGUUACUUAAAAGAACCUAAGCUUGCCAGUUCUGUAACCCCUUGGGAUGUCUUGCUGAGCUUAAUUGCAGCUGCCACUCAUGAUCUGGAUCAUCCAGGUGUUAAUCAACCUUUCCUUAUUAAAACUAACCAUUACUUGGCAACUUUAUACAAGAAUACCUCAGUACUGGAAAAUCACCACUGGAGAUCUGCAGUGGGAUUAUUGAGAGAAUCUGGCUUAUUCUCACAUAUGCCAUCAGAAAGCAGGCAACAAAUGGAGACUCAGAUAGGUGCUUUGAUACUAGCCACAGACAUCAGUCGCCAAAAUGAGUAUCUGUCAUUGUUUCGGUCCCAUUUGGACAGAGGUGAUUUACGCCUUGAAGAUGCCAGGCAUAGGCAUUUGGUUUUACAGAUGGCUUUGAAAUGUGCUGAUAUUUGUAACCCAUGUCGGACCUGGGAAUUAAGCAAGCAGUGGAGUGAAAAAGUAACAGAGGAAUUCUUCCAUCAAGGAGACAUAGAAAAGAAGUAUCAUUUGGGUGUGAGUCCACUUUGUGAUCGUCAGACUGAAUCUAUUGCCAACAUCCAGAUUGGUUUCAUGACUUAUCUUGUGGAGCCUUUAUUCACAGAAUGGGCCAGGUUUUCCAAUACGAGGCUAUCCCAGACAAUGCUCGGACAUAUGGGGCUGAAUAAAGCCAGUUGGAAGGGGUUGCAGAGAGAACAGUCCACCAGUGAGGACACUGAUGCUGCGUUCGAGGAGUUGAACUCACAGCUAUUACCUCAGGAAAAUCGGUUAUCAUAGCCCCCAGAAUCGUCGGAACAGACUGCCUCCUGCAGGUUUUUAGAAAUGUGAAAUGGGGUCUUGAGGUGAGAGGACUUUCUUGACUGCCAAGGUUUCCGAGGGAAUGAGGCCAGCGUUAUUUAUUCCCAAGGUGUCCUCUACUGGAUCGUGCGACCCCACUUUUUAAUUAUAAGACCUGAACAUACAGCAAUAUGCACUUGGCUUUCGUGUGAAACCUUGAAUAUGCAAAGCCCAGCAGGAGCGGAUCCGAAAGGAGUAACGAAGGAAGUUUUGCAACGUGCCACCAGUUUUUCAAAGCAUUUACUCCUCCAACCGUGAAACUUGAACUGUAUCUUUCAGCAGAAAUCUCUUGGAAUUUAACCAGUCUGACGCAACAUUGUGUAUCUGUACCUUCCACUAAGUUCUCUCUGAGAAAAAGGAAAUGUGAAGUGCCCAGCCUCUGCUGCCUCCUGCAAGACUCGAUGUUUACAAAUCAACUCUGAAAUAUUGGUUCUAAAUUGCCUUGGAGCAUGAUUGUGAAGGAACCACUAAGAAUUUUAAAGAUCAAACUUAAACUGCAGCUCUUUCCCCCUGGUUUGCCUUUUUCUUCUUUGGAUGCCACCAAAGCCUCCCUUUUGCUAUAGUUUUAUUUUGCGCACUGGAAACUGAGCAUUUAUCAUAGAGUACCGCCAAGCUUUCCCUCCAGUGCUGUUUGGCAAUGCAAUUUUUUUUAACUGUUAGUUUCUGAUUUGGGGCGGGAGGGGAAGAACACCAGUGUCCUAGCUGUAUUAUGAUUCUGCAGUGAAGACAUUGCAUGUUGUUUUCACUACUGUACUCUUGACCUGCACAUGCAAGAAACAGGUGGAAUGUUUAAAACACCAUAAACAGCUCAGGGUAUUUGCCAAUCUGAAAUAAAGUGGGAUGGGGAAGUGUGUCCUUCAGAGCAAGGGUACUAAAGUCCCUUUCGCUGCAGUGCGUGAGAGGUAUGUUGUGUGUGGAUGUGUGGACGUAUGUUUGCGUGCAUGUUUGUGCAUGUGUGACUGUGCAUGUGUUAUAUUUAUCCAUGUGGGAAAGGAUUUGAAACGUAAGCUUUUAUUUAUUAUCUUAGAAUGUGACACGGUGCGCAGCCACACUGGGGGAGGGGAAGGUAGGCGAGCUGUAACAGACCGCUCCAGUUGCCUUAAACUAUGCACAAAGCUAAGUGACCAAACUUCUUGUUUUGAUUUGAAACAAGUGCAUUGUUUUCUUGUCCCUCCCUUUGAUGAAACGUUACCCUUUGAUGGGCCUUUUGAUGUGAACAGAUGUUUUCUAGGACAAAAUCUAAGGACUAAUUUUAAACUUCAAACAUUCCACUUUUGUAAUUUGUUUUAAAUUGUUUUAUGUAUAGUAAGCACAACUGUAAUCUAGUUUUAAGAGAAACCGGUGCUUUCUUUUAGUUCAAUUGUAUUUCCCUUGUUACUGUAAAAGACUGUUUAUUGAUUAUGUUUACAGUUCGUUGCAACAGCCAUUUUCUUGGGAGAAAGCUUGAGUGUAAAGCCAUUUGUAAAAGGCUUUGCCAUACUCAUUUUAAUAUGUGCCUGUUGCUGUUAACUUUUGAUGAAUAAAAACCUAUCUUUUCACAUA